GUCUUCUUAGUAUUAUCACUCGGGAAAUCUCAAAAGGAAACUUUACAAGUAAAAGUUGGGAUUGUUCUUGGCAGUAAUGUGACAUUCGCAGAUUUAAGCUUGCGAGCUAUCGAAAUGUCUCUGUCGGAAUUCUAUAAUACUCAUAAUGGCUUCAAGACAAGGAUUGUCCUCAACAUCCGAGACUCCAAACAAACUGUUGUUGGUGCUGCCGCUUCAGCUUUAUACUUGAUAAAGAAGAGGGAAGUGGUGGCCAUUAUUGGACCAGGGACUUCAAUGCAAGCUCCAUUUUUAAUCAACCUCGGAAACCAAUCUAAAGUUCCAAUCAUUUCAUUCUCUGCAACAAGCCCUCUUCUUGAUUCUCUCCGUAGUCCAUAUUUCAUCAGAGCCACACACGACGAUUCGUCUCAAGUCCAAGCCAUUAGCGCCAUCAUAGAGUCGUUUAGAUGGAGAGAAGUUGUGCCUAUAUAUGUGGACAAUGAGUUCGGAGAAGGUAUUCUUCCUUACUUAGUUGAUGCUUUUCAAGAGAUCAACGUUCGUAUCCGAUACCGAAGUUCCAUAUCAGUACAUUCCUCUGAUGAUCAAAUCAAGAAAGAGCUUUACAAACUUAUGACCAUGCCCACUAGGGUUUUUAUCGUGCACAUGCUGCCUGAUCUCGGAUCAAGGCUCUUUUCGAUAGCAAAAGAGAUCGAUAUGAUGAGCAAAGGAUAUGUAUGGAUCGUCACAAAUGGUAUAGCUGAUCUCAUGAAUGUAAUGGGGGAAUCAGGCUUGGAGAAUAUGCAUGGUGUCUUGGGCGUCAAGACAUAUUUUGCAAGAACAAAAGAGCUAAUGUAUCUUGAAGCUCGUUGGCGAAAAAGAUUCGGAGGAGAAGAGCUAAACAACUUUGCAUGUUGGGCUUAUGAUGCUGCCACAGCACUUGCAAUGUCAGUUGAGGAAAUUAGGCACGUAAACAUGAGUUUCAACACGACCCAAGAAAACACUUCAAGAGAUGAUAUUGGGACUGAUCUUGAUGAUCUUGGCGUUGCUCUCUCUGGUCCCAAGCUUCUUCAAGCGUUAUCAACAGUCAGUUUCAAAGGCGUUUCCGGGAGCUUUCAGCUAAAAAACGGAAAGCUAGAGGCGACAACUUUCAAGAUUAUCAAUAUAGAGGAUAGCGGUGAAAGAACGGUUGGAUUUUGGAAAUCAAAAGUGGGAUUAGUAGAGAGCCUAAGAGUGCAUCAAGUGUCACACAGCUCGCGUCGCCUUAGACCAAUUAUAUGGCCAGGGGACACUAUUUUUGUGCCUAAAGGUUGGGAAUUCCCAACAAACGCAAAGAAGCUGCGAAUAGCAGUUCCAAAGAAGGAUGGUUUCAACAAUUUUGUUGAGGUAACCAAGGAUGAAAAUGCUAAUGUUCCAACGGUCACCGGGUUUUGCAUAGAUGUUUUCAACACGGUAAUGAGCCAAAUGCCAUAUGCUGUCUCCUAUGAGUACAUCCCCUUUGAUACUCCUGAUGGAAAACCUCGUGGAAGUUACGAUGAAAUGGUUUAUCAUGUGUUUCUUGGGGAGUUUGAUGGAGCUGUAGGUGAUACAACAAUCUUGGCAAAUCGGUCGCAUUAUGUCGAUUUCGCGUUGCCAUACUCAGAGACCGGAAUUGUAUUCGUUGUACCUGUCAAGGAUGGGAAAGAAAAAGGAGAAUGGGUCUUCUUAAAGCCUUUAACAAAGGAGCUAUGGUUGGUUACUGCUGCUUCUUUUCUCUACAUUGGAAUUAUGGUUUGGAUUUUUGAGUACCAAGCAGAUGAGGAGUUCAGGGAACAGAUGAUAAUUGAUAAAAUAUCUAGUGUGUUCUACUUCUCGUUUUCGACUCUCUUUUUCGCACACAGGAGGCCAUCAGAGAGCUUUUUCACAAGGGUUCUUGUUGUGGUUUGGUGCUUUGUGUUGUUAAUUCUGACUCAGAGCUACACAGCAACAUUGACAUCUAUGCUGACGGUUCAAGAGCUUCGACCAACAGUGAGACACAUGGAUGAUUUGAGGAAGAGCGGAGUGAACAUUGGAUAUCAAACUGGCUCGUUUACAUUUGAAAGGCUGAAACAAAUGCGUUUCGAUGAAUCGAGGUUAAAGACAUAUAAUUCCCCUGAAGAAAUGCGUGAACUUUUUCUUAAAAAGAGCAGCCAUGGCGGGAUUGAUGCUGCGUUCGAUGAAGUCGCUUAUAUCAAACUUUUCAUGGCUAAGUAUUGCUCAGAGUAUUCCAUAAUCGAGCCUACCUUUAAGGCUGAUGGCUUUGGCUUUGCAUUUCCACUAGGAUCUCCAUUGGUGUCAGAUAUUUCAAGACAGAUCUUGAACAUAACAGAGGGAGAUACCAUGAAGGCUAUAGAGAACAAGUGGUUCCUUGGAGAAAAACAUUGUCUGGACUCGACUACAUCAGAUUCUCCAAUCCAGCUCGAUCAUCACAGCUUUGAAGCUCUAUUUCUGAUCGUCUUUGUUGUUUCUAUCAUUCUACUCUUACUUAUGUUGGCUUCAAGAAGAUACCAAGAGAGACAACGCAAUGCUUCACCCAAUCUACCAAAUGAUCAAGCCAAUGAACCUCAGGAAGAAGGUAAUUUUGGAGAUCAUAUUGUGGAAGUCGACACAGCUUUGCUCCGCCGUAAGAAACUGACCUCAAAGACUAUACCCAUUAGAAGAGUUGCCCAACUGUCAAGGCUAAAGUCAGCAUAGUCAAACCUAACCUCUAAAUUUCUUUCACACUAUUUAGAUUGCAUACUCAUAUUAAGGUUUCAUUUUCUCAACUGCGUUUAAAUGUAGCUACAAUAACAAUAGCAAACAGAA